CGCCUAACAUGUGUUUGGUCUGUCCCACAACUCGCCUGAAUGAAACACAGCAGCGACCCCAUUACCAAGGAAGCUGUGUAGUAGCGACGAAAACGGCCGCAGUCCAGCCUGCAGACUUUUCCUCUCGUGUGUCAGUGUUUCUUUUGUCGUUGAUCAGCGCGCUGUGUGCUGAAAGUGACAGAGCAGAAUGGACCCACGAAAAGUGUCAGAGUUGAAGGGUUUCGUGCAGUUAUGCGAAUCCAAUCCUGGGAUCCUGCACCUUCCUGAGAUGAGCUUCUUCCGGACCUGGAUACAGGGGAUGGGUGCAACAAUCCCUCCCCCACCCAAAGGAGGGGACUCCUGCAAGGGAGGCUGUCCAUGUGGUCCUUCAUCUACAUCAGCCUCGGCCCCACAGCCUGAGCCUCCUGUUCCAUCUGAGAGUGAGGAGAGUGAAAUAGAGAUUGAUAAAGAGGGAGUGAUCGAGCUGGACACUGACGAACUGCAGGAAAUGGGAGAAUAUGAAAAUAUUGAGGUCUCAGAGGAGAUGAUGGACCAGGCGAAUGAGAAGAAGAUGGAGGCCAUCAACGCUUUAGGAGAGGGUGAAUUACAGAAAGCCCUGGAUCUUUUCACUGAAGCCAUCAAGCUGAAUCCCUGUGUAGCCAUCAUGUAUGCCAAGAGGGCAAGUGUCUAUAUCAAGAUGCAGAAACCCAAUGCAGCCAUAAGAGACUGCAACAGAGCUAUCAGUAUCAACCCAGACUCUGCACAACCUUACAAGUGGAGGGGAAAAGCUCACAGGCUGCUGGGGCAUUGGGAGGAGGCAGCCAAAGACCUGGCAACAGCCUGUAAACUGGACUAUGACGAGGACGCCAGUGCAUUACUGAAGGAAGUCCAACCUAAGGCUAACAAAAUCAUAGAGCACAGACGCAAAUAUGAGCGCAAAAAGGAAGAGAAGGAGAUCAGGGAAAAAAAGGAGCGGAUAAAGAAAGCCAGGGAGGAGCAGGCACAAGCUCAGAGGGAAGAAGAAGCAAGACAGUACGGAGGUGGAUACUUCCCAGCGGGUCCUGCUGGAUUCCCAGGUGGAGCUCCUCCAGGCAUGCCAGGUCUUGGUGAUCUUCUAAAGGACCCUGAACUGCUCAAUGCCAUGAAGGACCCUGAGGUGAUGGCCGCCUUCCAGGACGUGGCUCAGAAUCCGGCCAACAUCACCAAGUACCAGAACAACCCCAAAAUCAUGGCCCUUGUCACCAAAUUGAAUGCCAAAUUUGGAGCUUCACCAUAGAGGGGAGGAGGGAGACGGUCUUAUGUGGUCAACAAAUCUGAAGAGCCACAAUGCUUUUCAACUAUUAUUCCACUGUGUGCAAAUCCAACGGAGGGGCUGGUGGCAGGUGUAAUUGGUGUGGAGUAGAGGACGUGUGGCAUCUUUUUAAAUGUUCUUUAUCAGCCUGUUAGCACUUAGAAUUGUCUCAACAAAGCAACCUGAUGGUUAGCAGUCAGAAGACCUGAGUGACAAGGUCUGAUACUUAGACAACCCCUGACCCUUCUCAGCUCGGACUUUACUUAAAACCACCAGUCAACAGUUCUUAACCUGCAUCUGGAAAAGCCCAGCAAGAAGCUCACAAACAUUUUUACAGCCAUUUAUUAAGUGGUCUUGCUUCAGCUACCACUCUUUGUUUUUUCAUUCUCAGAGUAAAGCUGAACUCACACAAUUGUUGACACUUAUCAGACCAGUUAUUGGAAAAGCAAAAAAUACAGGUUACUAAUCUUGAUGUCUGACCCUGUUGGCAAAAUAAUGCACAAUAAAUAAAUCCUUUACUGCAGCAAA